AGCUGAACUCUCCCGCUGAACCCACGCGAUCCACCUCGUCCUGCUGCCAUGUGGUGCUGUGCCGACGCCAGUGGAACAGUGGCCGAGGAAGUUCAAGCCGUGACCGCCUUGCCCGAGGCCACGCCGGUGGUGCAGCCAGAGGCUCUUAAGCCAGCUGUGAAAGCGGAGGUCUCGGUGAAAGAGGCGAAGGUCAAGGAGGAGCCAGCGCCAGAAUUUGGGCCUUUCAGCGUGCAGAUCCCCAUGAAGGGCUUCAGUAGCCUGGGUCUUCUUCUGGAUUUUACCAGUGAUGUGAGGCCGAUGGUGAAGACGGUGGAAGUGGGCGCGGUGGAGAAGUUCAACGAGCUGAAUCCCAGCCGAAGCAUUCAGCCGUAUGACGUAAUCGUCGCUCUUGAUGAAGCAGCCAACUCCAGCGAGAUCUUUCAGAAGAUGGAGGGCACGCUCUCACACACGGUGAACCUGAAGUUGGUGCGGCCCAAGAAACAACAGGUGCCAAUUUCAAAGACAGAGGGCUUGGGCUUGAAGUUGGAGUACAAGAGCACAUCCCUAGGCGCCGUGAUCAAUGUGGUUUCCAGCUCGGGGCCUGCGGCCAAGUGGAACAGCGAGCAUCCCAACGAGGCGCUUUGCGCGGGGGAUCGGAUCCUGGCGGUGAAUGGUCGGGAGAUGGUGGGCCCUGAAAUGCUGGAGCAGAUCAAGGCCACGAACGAGCUGAUGCUCACGGUGCUCAAGUACUGAUUCAUGCGAUUCGCUCCUCCUGGGAGGCACUACUCCACUGUUGGCCAAUUCUCCCAACUUUUAGCCGUCCACACCUGUGGCGCCGGAUGCCUACCUAAUUGGCGAAUGAAGUGCUUGUUGUUCAUCAAGGGUUGUGAUUGACCUACAGCCACAUGAGACGAGUUCCCCGUGCAUUCGGCAGCUAGUGGAUGCAAUGGAUCCUUUGUUUUGCGUGCCAAAA